AUGAUAUGCCUUGCUUGGAACUGUCGGGGAUUGGGGAGUCCUGGAGCAGAGAAUGCACUUAAGGGUGUAAUUCAGAUUGAGCGUCCCCACUUUGUCUUCCUCUCGGAGACAAAGUUAAAAGAUAAGGAGUGGGAGAGUACUAGAAGGAAGGUGCGACUUCGGGACUUUAUUUGCGUGGAUUGUGAAGGGGAGGGAAGACACAGGAAAGGAGGUUUAACCAUGUUCUGGGAUAACGAUGUAACUCUCGAUUUUCUUUCUUCGUCCCAAAAUCAUAUGGACUUCAUAGUCAGAUUAGAAGGGGGGAGAGAUUGGAGGCUAACGGGUGUGUAUGGUUUCCCGGAAGAGGAAAGGAAGGCGGAGACAUGGAACCUAUUAGUUAUUUUGUGUAGGGAGAGUGAGCUACCAUUGGUGUGCAUGGGCGAUUUCAAUGGGAUCUUAAGCCAUGAUGAAAAGGUGGGGGGUAUCCCUAAACACCAACGUGAAAUUGAUGGGUUCAGGAGCGCUAUUGGUAGAUGCAGCUUGCGUGAUAUACACUUCGAGGGCUUUCCAUUUACAUGGAUGAAUAAUAGGGUGGAGGGUGAAAAUGUCCAUGAGAGGCUUGAUCGUGUUCUUGUUUCCGAGACUUUGUUCGAUCGUUAUCCAUGCUCCAUUGUGGAGCAUCUGCCACAGAGGCUCUCGGACCAUCUGCCGAUCAAACUACGGGUCCAAGAACAAGUACUCGUCACCCAAGGGAGGAGAAGGCGAAGAAAAGGAUUUCGGGUUGAGAAGGAGUGGUUGAGGGAGGAUUAG